GCCGGGAGUUGUAGUUCGCAGCCGCCUGUGGCGGGGCGUACGCGUCACGGCGGCCGGUACGGCGCUCUAGUACUCUUCCGCUUGGCCCCAGAAAGUUUCGAUUCUGCCCCGCCGUGGGCCCACGAGCGCCCCAGAAAUCUUCACCUGAAACCACUUGGCCGAUACAGGGCUUGCCCUGUCCCAGGAGUAGUCGGCUCGCUGCCCCCGCCUUCCCCCGGGCCACUCGUGCUUCGUGGCAGGGUCGCUGGCCCUCAGGAUCGCUGUUAGAAUCACUGUGCACGAAGACAGGUGAAGGGCCACCCCCCUCAGGGCACACCUGGAAGACGAGGUGUCACUAUGGAAUCUGACCGCCACUGACCACACAGUCACCAAGGGCUGAAGUUCUAGGCCUUUCUCCAGACACAGACAGGAGGCACAGAGCAAAGCAAGGCGACCUCGCCAUGGCUUCCUGCAGCGCCGAGGGCCAGCUCCAGAGGAUCAUCCGCGACCUGCAAGAUGCUGUGACAGAGCUAAGUAAUGAAUUUAAAGACACAGGGGAGCCCAUCACAGACGACAGCAGCAGCUUGCACAAGUUCUCCUAUAAGCUCGAAUAUCUCUUGCAGUUUGAUCAGAAAGAGAAGGCCAGCCUCCUGGGCAACAAGAAGGACUACUGGGACUACUUCUGUGCCUGCCUGGCCAAGGUGAAAGGAGCCAAUGACGGGAUCCGGUUUGUCAAGUCCAUCUCGGAGCUGCGGACCUCUCUAGGGAAAGGACGAGCAUUUCUUCGCUACUCCUUGGUGCACCAGAGGUUGGCAGACACCUUGCAGCAGUGCUUCAUGAACACCAAAGUGACAAGUGACUGGUACUACGCCAGAAGCCCUUUUCUGAAGCCAAAGCUGAGCUCGGACAUUGUGGGCCAACUCUAUGAGCUAACCGAAGUUCAGUUUGACCUAGCAUCGAGGGGCUACGACUUGGAUGCUGCCUGGCCAACAUUUGCCAGGAGAACACUGGCCCCGGGCUCACCUGCAUUCCUAUGGAAACCCCCUAGCCGAAGCUCCAGCAUGAGCAGCCUAGUGAGCAACUACCUGCAGAACCAGGAGAUGGCCUCGAGCUUUGAUCUGAACAGCACCAUGAAUAAUGAGGGCCUGGAGGGCUUUGACGAGAUGCGGCUGGAGCUGGACCAGCUGGAGGUGCGAGAGAAGCAGCUGCAGGAACGCAUGCAGCAGCUGGACCGGGAGAACCAGGAGCUGCGGGCAACCAUUAACCUGCAGGGUGAACAACUGAAGAUAGAGCGGGACAGGGGCCGCUCAGCAGCCGAGGACAACGUCCACCUCGCAGGCCUGGUGGCCGAGCUCCAGAAGCAGUGGCAGGCCACCGAGGCCACCCAGAGCACCAUGAAAGAGCUGCAGACGUGCCUGCAGGCGCUGGAGCUGAGCACGGCUGCAAAGGAGGAGGACUACCACACAGCCCUGCAGCGGCUGGAGGCCAUGCUGCUGCCCUUGGCACAGGAGCUUGAGGCUGCACAGAACUCCCUGAGCUGGAAGAACCAGCUGCUGGCCAGCAUCCCAGACCGCCUGGCCAUGGCUGAGCAGAAGACAGAUGCCGCAUUGGACACAAAGCAGCAAGAGCCUGUUCCUAGCAACUCAGCCCUGCUAAUCCAAGAGCUGGAGGAGAAGCUUCGAGUUCUGGAAGGUGAGAGCACCAAGGUCCAGGAGCUCAACAGGCAGCAGGCGGCCCAGCUGGAGCAGCUGACCAGGGAGCUGCAGCUGAAGGAGGAGGCCCAGGCCAAGCUGGAGUGCCUGGCAAAGGAGCUGGCCCCACUCCAGGAGGAGCUGAGUGCCAAGGGCCAGGAGACAGCCCAGCUCCAGCAUGAGCUACAGGCAUCUGCAGCCCGAGUGAGCUCCCUGCAGAAGGAGCUGGCACAGGUGAGGCGGGAGAAGCAGCAGCAUCAAGAGGAGAAGGAACUGCUGGAGCAGGAGGCAAGGUCUCUGGGCCGGCAGCUGCAACUUCUAGAGACGAGGCUGACCCAGGUGAGCCUGCAUGUGAGCGACCUAGAAGAGCAGAGGAAGCAGCUCAUCCAGGACAAAGACCACCUCGUCCAGAAGGUUGGCACACUAGAGCAACACAUGGGACCACAUGGGACCCUGACCCAGGCAGAGAUGCUGGACAGUGGCAAGGAACAAAGGGGCAGCCAGGAGGAGGAGUUGUGGCAAGCCAACCAUGAGCUAAACAAGGAGCUGCAGGACGUGCUGGGGCGCAAUCAGCUCCUGGAGGACAAGCUGCAGGCCCUGCAGGCUGAUUACCAAGUCCUGCAGCAGCGGGAGGCUGCCAUCCACGGCUCCCUGGCCUCCCUGGAGGCUGAGCAGACCAGCAUCCGGCACAUGGGGGACCAGAUGGAGGCAAGUCUGCUGGCUGUCAAGAAGGUCAUGGAGACCCAGGUGGCAGACAAGGAGGUUGCCCUGCAGAGCAAGGAGGACAAGUGCCAGCAGCUGCAGGAGAAGGUGGCACAGUGCCAGCAGCUGGCAGAGGAUCGGGACAAGGAGCUCAGGGCUCUGGAGAGCCAAGGCCACCAACAAACCCAGGUGAUCAAGGCCUUCCAGGCAGAGAAAGACCAACAGGAACUUGGCCCACCCCAUGACGAUGCAGCCCCUGAACUGGCAGCCCAGCUGGCCCUGUCACAGGUGCAGCUGGAAAUCCAUCAGGCGGAGGCCCAGCGGCUGCAGACUGAGGUGGUGGACCUCCAGGCCAAGGUGCGGACAGCCCUGGACGAGCGGGACAAGGUGCAGAGCCAGCUGAGUGUGGCUGAGGCAGUCCUUGCGGAGCACAAGACCCUGGUGCAGCAGCUGAAGGAGCAGAACGAAGCCCUCAACAGGGCCCACAUCCAGGAGCUACUGCAGUGUGCAGAGCGGGAAAGCAUGCUGCAGAAGGAGAGGGCCCACAUAGCCCAGCAGAGGGAUGAGCUGGUCCAGGCCAAGUGCAGCUCUGAGGAAGCCCAGCUGCAGCAUGCUGAGCUGCAGGAGCAACUGCACCGGGCCAACACGGACACAGCGGAGCUCGGCAUCCAGGUGUGCGCACUGACCGCCGAGAAGGAGCGGAUGGAGGGGGCACUGGCGCGUGCCACCCAGGAGCUCCUGGAUGCCAAAGAGGUGGCUUCGAGGGAGCGAGAGGACCUGGAGAGCCAAGUGGCAGGGCUGCAGCAAGAUAAGGAGAACUUGCAGGAGAGGCUGAGAGCAGCUGAGGAGGCAGCCGGCUCCCUGUCUAGCCUGCAGGCCCAGCUGGCCCAGGCUGAGCAGAGGGCCCAGUGCCUCCAGGAGGCUGCACAGCAGGAACGCGACGCCCUCAAGUUCCAGCUAAGCGCUGAGAUCAUGGACUACCAGAACAAGCUGAAGGCGGCCAGCGAGGAGUGCAAGAGCCUCAGGGACCAGCUUGAGGAACGAGGCCAGCAGCUGCAGGACGCUGAGGAGGCUGUGAGCAAGCUGAAGGCCUCCCAAACAGACCUGGGAGAGAAGCUGAGCUGUACCAACACCCGCCUGUCAGAGUACCAGGCUGCCAUGCUGAAGAAGGACAAGGAGGAGGCCACCCUGCGGGAAAACUUGGAGAGGACCCAAAAGGAACUUGAAAAAGCCACCACAAAGUUCCAAGAGUAUUACAGCAGACUGUGCCAGGAGGUGACAAACCGGGAGAAAAACGACCAGAAGAUGCUCGCCGACCUGGACGACCUCAACCGGACCAAGAAGUACCUCGAGGAGCGGCUGAUCGAGCUGCUCAGGGACAAGGAUGCCCUCUGGCAGAAAUCGGACGCCCUGGAGUUCCAGCAGAAGCUCAAUGCCGAGGAGCGCUGGCUCGGGGACACAGAGGUCAACCACUGCCACGACUGCAAGCGCGAGUUCAGCUGGAUGGUACGGCGGCACCACUGCAGGGUAUGUGGCCGUGUCUUCUGUUACUACUGCUGCAACAACUACGUCCUGAUCAAGCCCAAUGGCAAGAAGGAACGCUGCUGUCGUGCCUGCUUCCGGAAGCUCAAUGAAGGUCCUGGCUCGCCAGAAAGCACCAGCUCUGGCACUAGCCAAGGGGAGUCCAGCCCUGCACUGUCCCCAGUGCACACCGGGACACAGGCCAUAGGAGGCCAAGGAGCCAGCACUGACUGCCAGCCGCCAGAUGAUGCUGUGUUCGACAUCAUCACGGAUGAGGAGCUGUGCCAGAUCCAGGAGUCCGGCUCAUCUUUGCCUGAAACGCCCACUGAAAUGGAUUCUCUUGACCCCAGUGUGGCUGAACAGGACACCACAUCCAACUCACUCACCCCUGAGGACACGGAGGAUGCAUCUAUGGGGCAGGAUGCUGAGAUCUGCUUGCUGAAGUCCGGGGAGCUAAUGAUCAAACUGCCCCUCACCAUGGAGGAGAUCGCCAGCUUCGGGGAGGGUCCCCGGGAGCUGUUCGUGCGAUCCAGCACCUACAGCCUCAUCUCCAUAACCAUGGCCGAGGCAGGCCUCACCAUCAGCUGGGUCUUCUCCUCUGACCCCAAGAGCAUCUCCUUCAGUGUGGUCUUCCAGGAGACGGAAGACACCCCACUGGAUCAGUGCAAGGUGCUGAUCCCCAUGACACGCUGCAACUCCCACAAGGAGAACAUCCGGGGACAGCUGAAGGUGCGUGCUCCGGGCGUCUACAUGCUCAUCUUCGACAACACCUUCUCCAGGUUUGUCUCCAAAAAAGUCUUCUAUCACUUGACAGUUGACCGGCCUGUGAUCUACGAUGGGAGUGACUUCCCAUAGCUGGCCCCAGGCGCUCGAAUUGCCUCACUUCCUGCACAGGAAACACGGCUCACUCUCCCCCAGAACAUAUAACACUAGAAGGGGAGGGACAGCUUGAGCAGCCCUAGAGGGGCCUGGGCUGUGCUUUGUCCCUGGCCCUGCUAUCCAGGUCCUGCCUUCCUUGGUCCUCCUCACCCUACCUGCUUCCCUAGCACCCCACCUCCCCACUGCCUGCUGCUCAGCCGGCACCUGACCUUUGGAGAGCAGCGGGCCCAGGCUCCCCCUUCUCCUGGAUGAGAAGCCAGUAAUCUUCCUGCCCUCCGUGCACCUUUCCUUCUCCACCACAGAGAGCUCACCUGCUGUGGCCUGUCCAUC